AUGGGUCUCCUUCAAUCCCGUCCUUCCCCCACUCCCCCUCCCAGCCUCCCAUCCAUCGGACCGACUCAAUCUCAACCUCGCGGCCCACUCUCAUACUUUUCCAUCCACUCUCCCCCAGAUACAUCACACACCCACGACCUUCCCACUUCAACCGACACCACCCUCGUCUCCCAUUACUUGACUCAUAAAGGUUUACCGGAAGAUGUGGUGGAUCGAAUACUCGGUCUGGCGGAGUUUUGGUCGCCAUGUAGGAGACAUUGUGGGAGAGAGAUAUGUGUUAUUGCCGGUACUUUGAUUUCUAGAAGAGGGGGAGCUUGGAGGGGAAAUAGGGAGGAAGAGGAAGAUAGAGUUAGAGAUGCUUGGAGUUUGGACAGAAGAGGAGAAGUUUGGUUUUUAUCUUCCGAGCCUAUUGGUUGUUCUCAUCUCUUCGAAGGGAGAAAGGAGAAAAUUUGGGUGUGGAAGAUUGUCGUAGAUACGUUGUCGAAAGAUCAAGGAUGGUCUAGUUCUGGACAACAUUACGGAACAUACCAACAAUGUUAUUCAUGGUUCGAAGUAAGUCUCUGGCGAGAUGGUAGAGAAGUCGAAGGAAGUAGAUGUAGUAUUCAAUCGAAUGUUCAUGCUGGACAGUACUUUAAAUCUCAUCGUAACGUCCUAGGACCUUCUCAUUCAUUAGUUCAGCAAGCUAAACAAGGGGAUAGAGUGAUGUUAUGGGCUAGAGCUCGGUAUCCCGGUUGGAGGAAUCAUGUACGGGAAGCAUCGAUAACCAUCUACACAGCCCCUUUCCCUCCUUCCGUCUAA